AGCGCGCGGACCCAGCGCCGCUGCGCGGGCGGGCCGGGGGGCGGCGGCGGCAGGACAGAACAACUGAAGAACCAAGGAGACUUUUCAUAUUUAAUGUUCCCAACUUGCUCCAAGAUUUCUUUGGAACUUGAGUGUAUUCUAACCAUCCAGUCCUUCUUCAGCUGCUUUCCCUUGGGUGAGCCUGAAUGAAGACAAAUGUAAAGAUGGCAUGUCCAAGGAAUUUUAAAAGAUGUAGACCUCCUGACUGAGUGGUGCUGUGUUUUUUUAAUCCUCUUUAAUUAGUAAACUGCUGUUUUCUCACAGGUGAAAGUCAUGAUCACGCUAACAGAACUCAAAUGCAUAGCAGAUGCCCAGUCAUCCUACCACAUACUAAAACCAUGGUGGGAUGUCUUCUGGUAUUACCUCACCCUGAUAAUGCUCCUAGUUGCUGUGCUCGCUGGGGCUCUCCAGCUUACUCAAACCAGAGUAUUGUGUUGUCUUCCUUGCAAGCUAGAAUUUGACAAUCAUUGUGCUGUGCCUUGGGAUUUAGUUAGGGCCAACCUUAACGUGUCAGCUAGCUCGACAGCACCAAUAAUCAUCCCGCUUAAAAUCCAGAAUUAUCUCCAUCGGCAGCAGUAUUCCUACAUUGAUGCAGUCUGUUAUGAGCGACAGCUUCACUGGUUUGCCAAAUUUUUUCCAUACCUAGUGCUUUUGCAUACCUUUAUUUUUGCAGCUUGCAGUAAUUUCUGGCUUUACUAUCCUAGUACAAAUUCCAGGCUUGAGCAUUUUGUCGCCGUUCUUCAGAAGUGUUUUGACUCUCCGUGGACGACGCGCGCUCUCUCAGAAACAGUUGCUGAGCAGUCCGCGAGGAAGUUGCCGAUAGCCAAAUCAAAAACAGUGAUUUCAUCACCUCAGUGUUCAGGAGACAUAGGGGCCAGCAGACAGUCCCUGCCAUAUUCACAACAUGGCUUGGAAACAACUGGAAGAGAAAAUUCAAGUGUUCUUGACAAAAAAGAAGGGGAACAAGCUAAAGCUAUAUUUGAAAAAGUGAAGAAAUUCAGGGUACACGCCGAAGAAAAGGAUGUCGUAUACACGGUGUAUAUGAAACAGAUUAUAGUGAAAGUCUUUGUAGUUGUCAUAAUAGUAAUUUAUGUCCCCUACUAUUUAUCAUUUAUUACACUUGAAAUUGAUUGUGUAGUUAAUGUUCAGGCCUUUACAGGCUACAAAAGGUACCAGUGUGUUUAUUCGCUAGCAGAAAUUUUUAAAGUUUUGGCUUCAUUUUAUGUUGUUUUAGUGAUUUUCUAUGGAUUAACUUGUACUUAUAGUUUGUGGUGGAUGUUAAGAAGUUCACUUAAGCAAUACUCUUUUGAGAAGUUGAGAGAGAAAAGUAAUUACACUGAUAUACCUGAUGUGAAGAAUGACUUUGCAUUUAUUCUUCACUUGGCGGAUCAGUAUGAUCCUCUUUAUUCCCAGCGAUUCUCAAUAUUCCUGUCUGAUUUGAGCGAAAAUGAACUGAAACAGAUAAAUCUUAACAAUGAAUGGUCAGUGGAAAAACUGAAAAAUAAACUAGUAAGAAACUCCCAAGACAAGACUGAACUUCACCUUUUCAUGUUAAAUGGUAUUCCAGACAGUGUCUUUGAACUGACAGAAAUAGAAGUUCUAAGCCUGGAACUUAUUCCUGAAGCCAAACUUCCUUCAGCUGUGACCCAGCUUGUCAAUCUCAAAGAGCUCAAUGUUUAUCAUUCAUCACUAACGAUGGAUUAUCCAGCAGUCAGCUUUUUAGAAGAAAAUCUGAAAACCUUGCGUUUGAAGUCCAGUGAGAUGGGAAGAAUUCCAUUUUGGGUCUUUCAUCUAAAAAAUCUACAAGAAUUAUGCUUAACAGGGUAUUUCAUGCUAGAUCACCACAACUCCAUAUACAAUGAUGGCUUUCAGGGGCUAAAAAAUCUGAGAUCGAUUCACUUAAAAAACAACCUUUCCCGUAUACCUCAAGUGAUUACAGAUCUUCUGCCUUCUUUGCAACACUUGUCUAUCAACAAUGAGGGAAAUAAACUGAUAGUGCUAAAUAACUUGAAGAAGCUGGUAAACCUGAGAACCUUGGAGCUAAUCUGCUGUGAUUUAGAGCGCAUUCCCCAUUCCAUUUUUACCCUAAACAAUUUGCAUGAAAUUGACUUAAAAGAAAAUAAUCUCAGAACAGUGGAAGAAAUAAUUAGUUUUCAACAUCUUAAGAAUCUUUCUUGCUUAAAAUUGUGGCACAACAGUAUUUCAUAUGUCCCAGUGCAGAUUGGUGCAUUAUCAAACCUGGAACAGCUGUAUCUAAAUUAUAAUAAUAUUAAGAAUGUUCCAUUGCAGCUAUUUCUUUGUAGAAAGUUACAUUAUUUGGAUCUUAGCUACAAUAAGCUAACCUCCAUCCCUGAAGAAAUCGGAUAUCUGAGCAACCUGCAGUACUUGGCUUUGACAAAAAACCACAUUGAAAUACUGCCUGAUGGAUUAUUUCAGUGCAAAAAGCUGCAAUUUCUUCUUCUAGGAAAUAACAGUCUGAUGAAUUUGUCCCCUUUUGUGGGUCAGCUACCGAAUCUUGUUCAGUUAGAGCUCAUUGGAAACUAUCUUGAAUCGCUGCCCGCUGAACUGGAAGAAUGUCAGCUCUUAAAACGAAAUAAUCUAAUUGUAGAAGAAAGGUUGUUAAAAACACUUCCACCUCGUGUAAGAGAGCGUUUGCAGGCAUGCUCAGAUAAGGUCCAGCUGAUGACAGAAUUACAGCCUGCCCCGCGCCGCGCCGCGGGAUGUUCGCGCUCCCGCCCGGCCGCCGCCGCCGCCGCCCGUGACCCCGAGCCGCACGCCCGGCCGCGCACCAGGACGAUGAUUCCUGUGACCGAGUUCCGGCAGUUCUCGGAGCAGCAGCCGGCUUUCCGGGUGCUGAAGCCCUGGUGGGAUGUGUUCACGGACUAUCUCUCGGUGGCCAUGCUGAUGAUCGGAGUGUUCGGGUGCACCUUACAGGUCAUGCAAGACAAGAUAAUAUGCCUUCCAAAGCGUGUCCAGCCUUGCCAGAACCAAUCUAAUAGUUCAAAUGUGUUUAACACAAUACCAGAUACCACCCCCCUUCCACCAGCGAAGCCAUCCACCCCCCCAGCUACGGUUGAAAUGAAAGGACUCAAGACUGAUCUGGACCUUCAGCAAUACAGCUUUAUAAAUCAGGUGUGCUAUGAACGGGCUCUGCACUGGUAUGCCAAGUACUUCCCUUACCUUGUCCUUAUACACACACUGGUCUUCAUGCUGUGUAGUAACUUUUGGUUCAAAUUUCCUGGAUCAAGCUCCAAAAUUGAACACUUCAUUUCAAUACUUGGGAAAUGCUUUGAUUCUCCCUGGACAACAAGAGCUUUAUCCGAGGUGUCAGGGGAAGACUCUGAAGAGAAGGAUAACAGGAAGAACAACAUUAACAAGUCUAAUACUACUCAGCCAAACACUGAAGGCACUUUGGUCAAGACACAGUCUUUAAAAUCAAUCCCUGAGAAGUUAGUUGUGGAUAAGGGAACACCUGGGGCAUUAGAUAAAAAAGAAGGUGAACAGGCCAAAGCACUGUUUGAAAAGGUGAAGAAGUUCAGACUGCAUGUUGAGGAGGGUGAUAUACUCUAUGUCAUGUACGUUCGCCAGACUGUACUUAAGGUAAUUAAAUUCCUUAUUAUUAUUGCUUACAACACUGCACUUGUCUCAGAAGUUAAUUUUACAGUAGUCUGUAACGUUGAUAUUGAAGACAUGACAGGAUACAAGAAUUUUUGCUGUAACCACACGAUGGCCCAUCUGUUCUCUAAACUUUCUUAUUGCUACCUGUGCUUUGUCAGCAUCUAUGGCCUGACUUGCCUUUAUACACUGUACUGGUUGUUCUACCGCUCACUGAAAGAAUAUUCUUUUGAGUAUGUUCGGCAAGAGACGGGAAUCGAUGAUAUCCCAGACGUCAAGAAUGACUUUGCUUUUAUGCUCCAUAUGAUCGAUCAGUAUGAUCCUCUCUACUCCAAGCGCUUUGCUGUCUUCCUGUCUGAAGUCAGUGAAAAUAAGCUGAAACAGCUGAACCUAAACAAUGAGUGGACUGCAGAUAAACUGCGACAGAGGCUACAGACAAACUCCCACAGCCAUUUGGAGCUACAGCUUUUCAUGCUUUCUGGACUACCAGACACAGUGUUUGAAAUUACUGAGCUGCAGUCUUUAAAACUUGAAAUAAUUAAUAAUGUAAUGAUACCAGCAACCAUUGCACAGUUGGAUAAUCUCCAGGAGCUUUCACUGCACCAGUGCUCUGUGAAAAUCCACAGUGCUGCCUUGGCUUUUCUGAAGGAGAAUCUCAAGAUCUUGAGUGUCAAGUUUGAUGACAUCAGAGAACUUCCACAUUGGAUGUAUGGCCUCAGAAAUUUGGAAGAGCUCUAUUUAAUUGGCUCCCUAAGUCACGAUAUUUCUAAAAACAUUACAUUGGAGUCUUUUCGGGAGCUUAAAAGCCUAAAAGUUCUUCACAUAAAAAGUAAUUUGUCCAAAAUCCCACAGUCUGCAGUUGAUGUUUCAAGUCACCUGCAAAAAUUGUGUAUUCAUAACGAUGGCACUAAGUUAGUGAUGCUCAACAACCUGAAGAAGAUGGUCAACCUGACACAGCUGGAAUUGGUUCAUUGUGAUUUAGAGCGCAUCCCUCAUGCAGUCUUCAGCCUUCUCAGUCUUCAGGAAUUGGAUCUAAAGGAAAACAACCUCAAAUCCAUUGAAGAAAUUGUAAGUUUUCAACAUCUGCGAAAAUUGACGAUUCUGAAGCUGUGGUACAACAGUAUAACCUACAUCCCAGAGCAUAUAAAGAAACUCACUAGUCUAGAGUGGCUUUCCUUCAGCCAUAACAAAAUAGAGGUUCUUCCGUCCCACCUGUUCCUAUGCAACAAAAUCAGAUAUUUGGAUUUGUCUUACAAUGACAUUCGCUUUAUCCCACCCGAAAUAGGAGUUCUGCAGAGUUUACAAUACUUUUCCAUUACUUGCAACAAAGUGGAGAGUGUGCCAGAUGAACUGUACUUUUGCAAAAAACUUAAGACGUUGAAAAUUGGGAAAAAUAACUUGUCAGUCCUUUCACCUAAAAUUGGUAAUUUGACACUGCUGUCCUACUUGGAUAUUAAAGGCAAUCACUUUGAAAUCCUCCCACCUGAGCUCGGUGAGUGUAGAGCUCUGAAAAGGACUGGUUUCACUGUAGAGGACAACUUGUUUGAAACUUUGCCUUCUGAUGUCAGGGAGCAAAUGAAAGCUGAAUAACUUCUUGCUCAGUUUUACAGAAAUAACACUUCUACCAAAACGCUCUAGAGAAUGCUCCAAAUAUGCAUUUAAUUUGUUGUUAUUUUUUCUUUUUCAAAUCCUUUCUGUACAAACAAAUUUGGAGUAAGGAGUACGUAUAUUUUUAAAUAAAAUUUUCUCAUAUUUUUUCACUGUUUUAAGAUAUUUUUAAGUUUGUUUUGCCUUCAGAACAAGGGCAUCUGUAACUUAAUUUUUACUGGUAAAAGUAAAUGAUUUUGUCUGCUGGUUUUUCUUUCCAUUUUCUAAUCCCACCCGGGAAACUGUGUUUAAGAAGUAUGCUUUGGGUUGCAUAGUUUGUAAUAGAUGAUUGUGUUCUCUUCCUAGUUAUUGUUAAUCCCUUAGGACGUGGUCUUCAACAGGUGGUGCUGCAGGUGUUGAAUGCCUUUGUUUCUUCUUUUCUUCAGUGGCAGUAGAAGGUGUUCAACAUCUAACAAGAUCAAAUCUAGGCUGACAAUCCUUUCUACUUACAACAGGGUUUUCUCAGAUGGUCAAAGCAAGUAGAAAAGGUUCUUUAUGUAUUUUAACAGGUGAGAAGGAACAUGCAGAACUCUUUCAGGGCCUAUUGGCAAUUCAGUCUGGUUGCCCAUUUUCACACUGCACUGAGCACGAGGCACUCACUGCUAUUUCCUCUCUGGUGCAGGAAGAGUAAGGUCACAGUUCACAGUGGAAUCGGGACCAAAGUGAGUCACGUUGAAGGUUUUCUUAACAGUGCAAAGGGGUGUGGCUGCCCAUUUCCUACUAACUUGAAUGGAAGGGGUGCAAUGAACUCACUGUGUUGGAAAUGUCAACUCAACAAGAUGAAAUGAUAUCUUGAAAAAUCCCACCCUCCCUUAAACACCAGUGCUGCAAGAGGGAAAAUGCCCUCUGCCCCCUCAGCCCACUUCCCCACCAAAUUGCUUGGCACCUUCUAGGAAUGGGGCCCAGAAAAAGCGCAGUCAUACUCGGUUUGUAAAGCUCCUGACAAGGAAAUAGCCUCUAAUACGCUCCUUGAUUUAGCUUGGGUAGCAUAAAACCAAGCUCAGCACAGGAACAUUUGCAGAUUUGCAAAAAUGAGAUUAAAUGAAUACAGUAGUUUCUCACAAGUCUCAGCCUGCCCAGCAUACCCAAGGACAGUGAUGAAAGCUAUGUUUUCAUCUCCCAGAGGGGAAUUAAAUUGAAAAUCCUACAGUUGGAAGUUUGCUUUUUAAAAUAAUGUAACCUCUGAUUAUUGUGCAUCAGGUUGGGAACUUUAUCCUCUGAAGCCAUGUUCAGCUGUUUACUUAAUCCAGCCAUUUGAUUUCUUUUAGUCAGGUUUUAAAGGGAUGUGCUGCUCACAAGCUAAUUUAAGCUGAUCAAAAGUAGUAAAAUAUUUUGCUGGGAGGAGAUCUCUUUAUCGCAUCCAACAACCCAUACUUCAGUAAGAUGCAGGCACUCGAUAAAUGUUUCACAAGAAUAUCUAGGAACAAGUCCUCAUUUCCCUAGGAGGCAAUGCUGUUCAUAAAUUGCAGAGGAUGAAUUGCUGAUUGCUUAAAUUUAUGUAAAAUAUUUGACAGUUGUCAGAUUGGUUGCUCUUCAGUGUUUCCUAACUGCCAUUGUGUGUUUUGAGCUACAGUUAAACUGAGUUCUUGAGCUUGGUACAAAAGUGUACAGUUGGUUUAAGAGUAUGACUUAUAAAGGUGGGGUGACAAACUACAAUGAGAGCUUCCUCAUUAAUCCAGGGUGUGCUACAGAAUUUGGUGUGUGAGCUUGCCACAGUACCGGGUCAGACUUAUUUUUUGUGCUUGGCUAUGUUUUGGAGAAGAUCCAUGUGAUUAAUCAAAAAUGGGUCAGGCAUGAAGGAAUCAAAUCAAGCUUUUUAAAAGGGGUUUGAUUUAGUUCUAUUGAAGACCUAUAAUUGAUGUAGCUAUUGCAAGAGCUACCCUUGCUCAUGUGUGGAGUGCACUUACUGGAACAGCUUGGCAGUAUAUAUAUUCUAAAUGUAUUUCACUUUGAUGUAAUGUGAGAAAGAGAAACAUUUCAUUGCUCAUAUUAACCUAAUUAUGUAAACCAAAGUGCUGUUGUCCCCAGUGAAUGUAAACUGUUUGAAAUGUCCAGGUAAUUGGUGGAGCUGUAUAGUUCUCUUAGUUAGAUUUUAAAUAUGGGAUUGCAUUUAAAGUUUUUUUAAGUCUUUAUAUUCCUAGAUGUAGCAUUUUAAAUCCCUAAUUUAUUUUGUGUCUAAUGUUUCAUGUCUAGUUUGUGGUCUGGUUUCUGAAUGGAAGUUAUGCACACAUCAUAACUGAAGGUUGGAGACGUGUUCUAUGCCAUUUUUGUAAAUAUAUCACCUAGGGGAUGUGGGGUUUUGUUUGUUACUGAUUAUAUUUAUACCAGUGAACCCCUCAUGUGGACACAGUUACAUGAGUAUAAAGUGCCUUGUGCUGGCAUAUCUUUAUUCACUUUGCUAGGAAUAAACUAUACCGGUCUAAGCACUUUCACACUAAUAACUGUAUCUUCUCCAAGGGUUUGGUGAGCUGAGACAGCAUUGUCAGUCUGACAGCUCACUGUCACCAAAAAAGGGCAGCUCCUUCCUCCUCCCAUGCUCUCUAUUCUUGCCAACAGGUUUUAGCUGCUUCUCGUGUACCUUUACAGGUCUGGUGCUGGUCUGAUCCCUCCACAGGACAAAUUAACUUUUCAAGCCAGCAGAAAACUAUGCUAGUCUAAAAAAGGGGCUAAUUUUCUGCUGGAUCAGCUCUCUGAAGGAUUGGAUGGACACUAGGAUGGGAGUAACAAGGGGACAGGAUUCUGCAUCUGGGGUCUGUACAAGGAGAAGGCGGGACAAGCCCCUUUGGAGAUGCUAGGUCAGUUCAUCGUCUUGCCGAGCCAUGUGCUUGGAGAACUGUGCUGUUUUAUGUAUAGCAGGGUUAGGCAGCUUGGCUUUUGUGAGUAGACAACCCUCAGGCUCACAGUGGAUGAUAAAAUACCACAUUACUGUUAAUUUCUUAAUGAAACAAACUCAGGUAGCUGCACUGUUGACUUUUCUAAACUUCUUACUGUCUGUUCUGGGGUGUAUUUUCCAAACCCAUAUUACAGUAACUUAGAAAUGAGUCAGCUGAGGGAAGAUUGUUUCCUAAUUCUCUGUAACAUCCAGGAAAAUAUGUAAAAGUGCCAUAUUUACUCAGUGAAUCAUGUACUGCUCCUAUGUAUAUUCACAUGCGAUUCAUACUAGACUUUUCUGUGACCAGUAGUAUUUGACUUAGAAUGGAUGGACAUUUUGUGGACAGUACUUUAGCAUGGUUUGUAUAUAUACAAAGAGUUUAUAUAACUACUUAUAUUAAUCAGGUGCCUAACAAGUAUGACAGUUCCAGAAUUUAAGCAAGGCAUUUUUUCAUUAUUGCUCAAAAAUAAUAAAAUCUUCCUUGGUAACAGAAUUACAGAGGACAAAGAUUGCAUCAAAAGUAAGAAGACAACCUUCACAGUACAUUGAGCCUGACAAGCAAAUCUGCUUUGUGAUCAAAAUCUGGAGAUGUGCAUCUCCCCGGAUAUUUGUGCUGACCUCAUGCAUCCAGCCAGCCCAACAACUUUUGCAAAUUCUGAUUGGAAAGCUCCUGCUUAUAUCACUGUUCUGGCACAUCAAUAAUUCAUGUGCUUAAGUGGUAAUGAGUCCUGUAGGAAUGCCAAGAAAAAACUUUGAAAUUUGACCAAAUGGACAAACUUAAUUCUGUAGCAAGAAUCUUAGUAUGACAAUAGACCUGCAUAGUGUUACAUUGCAAUAUAGUACACCCAGAAAAAAACAGAAAUAAAAUGCUCUUUUGUAAUAAUGAA